AUGGAUCCAUACGCCUUAAAGCGGGAUAAUCGCAAGAAAUUCCAAGACAAGGAGAAGCUCAAACGGCGCCAUGCAACCCCGAGCGACCGCAAGUAUCGGUCGUUGAACAAGACUGCAGAACCCGAACCUGAAAAGCCCGAGUUGCAAGCGAAUCACUACCGCUAUCAUGAAGAUAUCUCUAUGACAUACCAGGACAACGACUUUAACACCACAUCCGCUAACCGCAAGCUAAAGGAUGUUCUCAAGGGCCGUAAGGAUCUGGACCUAAGCAUUCCAAGAACAGCCGAGGUCACUCGUAAAGACCUGGACUCUAUGGAUGUUACACAGCUCAACCAACUACUAGGGCGAAAAAACAACAGGACCGAGGAAAAUCGCGAAAGCAACGGACCUCAAAUACUGGAAAAGACUGCAGAUCAGAGGGCACGUAGGCCCGACCCUAACGCUACUGUGAACGUCUCCCCCAACCAACACUCCUCGUUAUCCGUACACACGGAUAUUCCGGACGAGUUGCAAUCCGAACAAGAUUUAUUGGACGAACUCAUCUAA